UAAUUGAUCACUGUACAUACACAGGGUGAAUUACGUUUUUAAAACUUUCAUUUUUUAGUCGAUAAUGAAAAUACAGCUGUUUUAUCUUGCAUUAUUGGUAAGUAGCUACUGAACCAAUGAAAAUUAUUAUAAAAUACUACUGUACUAGUAUGUAUACUGUAAUAGGUCUUGCAUAACUCAUGUACACACCACCCAUGCAUGUGGAGGAAAUGGGAAGUUACAGUAUUUCCUUUUUUUCCCAAUGUUACGAUGUCCUGGGGCUGGUUGUGUAUAAAAGUCUUAAGUUAUUUUUAAUUAACUAACAUUUUCGAUGAUAUUUUACAAUUUAUUUAAACCUUUUACUUCUGGCAGAGUGCAUGGGGGGGGGGGGGAUCUCUUCUACGAUGACCCAAUGUAGUCUUGUUAUUGUGACACAUAUAAAAAUCUCGAGACUGACUUGUUUAUUAAUUAAUCAAUAUAUCUUUGUUCUAUUGUCAGGUGUUUGGGCUUUCUGCUGCAGGUACUGUAUAUAUUCAUGUGUUAUAUGUUAAAAUGCCCCAACACCGAAAUACUACUUGAAUGUCUCGUUAGAAAGAACAUUUAAUUAAAAGUAUGUAGUAACGUCUUUUCCAGAUUUCUGUUACUUGGCUUAUUUUAAUAUGCUUAAUUGAUAUGUAAAUUACCCCACGUUGUGUAACACAUGCAUAAUGACUUACCAAAGAAAGUAGAAUGUGUUUUCAUUAUCAACUGAAAACACUAAUAAUUAAAAUAUAUCCACGUUUUGUGCUUAAUAUACAAAACCGACACAUAUGUUUUUGAUAAUGAAUAAUUAGAUAAAAAGAUUUCAAUAGAUGAUCCCAGGCAGCUAUAGACUAAAUUUUGAUCUAGGAAAGAAGAACAAAAUCCAUCACCACAGCUAUAGAAAGAGCAUGUUAAAAUUACUAAAAUUGCAACGUUUGGUUACGUUAAUACGAAAUAUGCAAAUUUUGUAUUAUUUGUAUAUGCGGGAAAAUGGACCACAUUUGGGCCGAAAGUGGUGCAUUUUCCUGUGCCUAGACUUCAACAUAAUUUAUGCAUUUAAUUCAACGAUAAGACGUCGUAUGAAACAAAGACGCGCUACAAACGUAUCCGUCUGACCAUGACGGAUAAAACGUCUUGGAUGGAUUUAAUUCAUCAGACGAAUUUAAUUCGUUUCAUACGAUGCACUACCGUUGCAUUUAUUUCGUUCAAUUAAAUUCGUCUGAAUUAAAUUCGGCGAUAGUGCGACGUUAUCAGCUUGAAUAUGCAUGGUGUGCUGUGAAGCGUCAUAACUUAAGUCCUAUUGAUCUGCUGUAAGCCUUUUCGAUAUAUGUAAUUGUAUAAACUUGUAUUCUUACAGGGCUUGAAAUAAUUACGUUCCUAAAGUUCCCGAUCAUGGUGAUCGACAGUCCGUGACUUUCCCUGUUUUUUUCAGGGUGGAAACUCUGCUUUUCCGCCGAUGAUAAGCAAUUUCUUGCCGAUCAUUGAUCGGUGAUCGGCUGUUAUUUCAAGCUCUGUCUUAACAAUUUUGAAUAUAUACUGAUUUCAAAUGACUAAAAUCAUGUAAUAAUUAUCCCAUGCAACUGUAAGGAAGGGCGAAAUGUUUAGGUGGAGUUUCUAAAGGGAGGGCGAAUUUCCUAAAGGGGAGCGAAUUUCCUAGGAUUGUAUUUCAAAAGAAAGCGGAUCGAAAAAAGUCGAUCGCGACGAAUUUUGCACUCAAAUGGAAAUCCGCCUUAAGUAUGCUUUAAGACCGUUUUCCAUUAACGUUCGCUUUGCCCGCGCGGGCGAAGGGUUCAUUGUUUUUGAAGCCCGUCACGCCCGCGUAAACAGAUUUUCAAAGCCCGCUCUGCCCGCGUGGGCAAAGCGACUGCAACGGAAAAUUGCCUCAAAGUGAACUUGUGAAGGAAAACUUGCUGGUUUGUAUGGAGCUUAAAUGUAUAAAUGUUCGGAUUAUGACAUGAGUGAGUUAUAAUUUCAUAACACCUCUUAUCACACGAUUGACGUGGUUUUCGUUGUUAUUCAUUUAACAGAAAAAAAAUUAUUAAAACACGUCGUUACGUAUGUGGGAAGUAGCUAUCGGCUAUCGCACAAAAUUAGUGAUAAUCGACAAGUAAAAGGUGUCCAAAACAAAUUGUCAUCAACAACUCAAUUUAUAGUCUGUGGAAGCCCGUACGCCAAGGCGAGUGACUUAAGCUUGUUGUAAUAAUUACAUGUAACUAGACUCAAUAUACAAGCAGUAUAUUUCAGAUCACAAAGGCAAGUGAAACUAAUUUGAUAGAAAAUACAAUAUAAAAACAGCCGUUUCAGUAAAGUGAAUUCGCUUGUGGCAAGUCUAAUGGCAAAUGACUUGACCUCGUUGCCUUGAAAAAUUACGAAAUAAUUUGAAUAACAAAUCGUGAUGUAUUCUUUAGAAAUCCCAUGCUCUUUGAAAAGGUGCUAAUACUUUGCUUGAAAAGGUGCUCUAUUGUCAUUCAGUUCAUGCUACACUGGUGCCUGGUGUAUUGUAGUAUUGUUUCCCAUUUUAUCAGACACUGAAGUCAUGCCGAAUAAAACAAUAUGAAUGCCAAAAAUGAAGUCAUUCCAAUAAAAAGAAGAUUCUUUUUAUUAACCUAUGAGGAAAAUCUUUUAUAAAAUAAGAUGUAUAUAACGCGUGCUCUGAUUGGUCGAAACCCGUGUUUGGAUCAGGCCAUCCAAAAACGGAAAUUUAAAGUGAUAGUUUUUUAAAGUGAAAUUUUAACACGGAAAGUUGUUAUUUUAUAAAACAAUUACUUUAUGGUUUCCGUGUUUGGAUGGCCUGAUCCAAACAUUUGGGAAUGUUGCUCGAGUUAAGUAAAGCGCGCAAAAUCACUCGCCUUCGGCUCGUGUUUCUCGCGCUUUUCUUAACUCUCGCAACGUUCCCGCGUGUUUGGAUCAGGCCAUGCAAACACGGAAACCAUAAAGUAAUUGUAUAGUCAAUCAUGUAAUAAGUCGUUAAAUUCCUUGAACCUCAGUCGGCCUAUCCAAAUACAGCUUCGGGCUGUGCCCUGUACUUGGCUAAAAGCCACACUUCUCGAUAUUGCACUCUAACUUUAAUUUUACAUGUACUAUAAUUUUCCUAGUGGAAAAACCAGGGUCAUGUCCUGAUGUUUCUAAAGCUACUUUUGGAGCAUGUGUUAUAGCUUGUGGCGAGGACUCGCAUUGCAAGGAUUUCCAAAAAUGUUGUUCAACAGGCUGUGGCCAAUUGUGUUCAGAUCCAGGUUUGUUUUUUGUAAAAAAUUCAGCCCUUUUUUCUGGUUAGGGUUCGAAAACUACCCCGACACCCCACACCCCUGCUCACCAACUUUUUAGGAAAAAAUUACAGCCCCCAAAAAUUUGCCCCAUGCCCCUGAAUUUCUCUGGGGGCCCUGCCAACAUGCACGUCUUCCAGAGGAGAAAACCUGAAGACCUAACAAAAUCAGUUGUUUAGUAAUAAAGUUAGAAGUAAUCUCACUGCGAUAAAAAUAUAAUCAACUGACCAUUUUGUCAUGGAUCAAGGUAACCCAUGCAAUUUUUGGUGCUCAUUUGCAUUCGAUAUUUACUGUAUGGAUUUAAAUCAUUUAAAUAAAUAAAGAUAAAGGUUGAACGACACCUUUUUUUAUCAUUUCAACCAAGAAUGACCAAAUCUAAGCCGAUUAAAAAUUGCCUCUUGAAAUUACAUUUUGCUCCCUUUGGCAUGAUUAAUGAGUGAAACCCGCCAAUAACUUCACGAUUAAGUAAAGCAUAAAACAACAGAAGUUCUAUCUUGGAUUUAAUAUUUGACAAAGACAGGAAGAGACAUGAUUGAAAAGCAAUGAUUUUGAAAUAAUUUCAAAUUCAUCAUCAGACUAAUUUACAAAAGCUAAUCUAGUUCUAUAUGUACAAGCGUUAUGACGCCAUAAUUAGGAAGAAAGCGUGAGUGCGGAAAUAUUAGUGUGAUCAAAGAGCUUUGAUAAUAGCAACAGGGUGUAAUCACGAUAAGUCGAAUGGUGUGACUUUUCUUCUUAGCUGGCUUUGAGUCCAGUGUUCAAUUGUGGUUUGAGAGAUUUGAUGAAUACUACUUCCAUUCAAAAUAAUAAGUAAUAACAGGCUUUCUUUCUGCUUAUCACCAGGGUUCGUACGUACAAAACUUGAAAGUCCUGGAAAAUCCUUGAAUUUGAAAAAUGAAUUAAAGGCCUUGAAUGUCCUUGAAUUCAUAAAGAAGUGAUUAAAAGAUUUAAAUUCUUCUUAGUUUUUUUAAUUUUGGCUGAUAUUGUUUGACAUUAAAAAACGGACACUGCGUCGAACCGAGCCGCCAACCCCCUAUGAAGCCGUUUGAAAUUCUGUCAUUAAAGUUGCCAUUUGAACAGUUUAUACUUCACUUUUUCUUGAUUUCAAACGCCUUUUCUCAGCCUUUAAUUUCCUGAUACGUGGCCUUGCAAGUCCUUGAAUUUUACUGUUCCAUAUGUUAUAUAUCUACGUUAGCUUAUGUAAAUUAGUGUGAUGAUCAAUUUGUAAUUCGAAAUAUUAAUAUUACUGUUGAGUUUUGUCUCCUCUUGUCUCUCCCGAGUCCAACAUUGAAAUUCUAUUCGCAGUUGGUUUCAUACUUUAUCAAAGAAAUAAAGAGGUACAAUACAUCAUAGCAAAAGAGAAAAGCAAUCAAUAACUCUACUGGUGCAUGGUGUGUCUUGCCAAACAAUAAGCCUAAAAAAGAUGUGACAACAUCAAAAAUAAUUUCAUUCUUAGACUAUUCAAAAUGCUAGGGAUUUUUGCAUUAAAAUACCUGAAUUGUGACAUGAAACUUUUGCGGGCAAGUAUUUAAUGGCCUUGUGUGACGAGUUUGUACUACCAGGAUCCGUAAAGAAUUAAUAAAAAAUAAUAUUAAUUGUAAUUGAUCAUAUAACUAUCUCUUGUUUUUAGCUUGUCCUUCCGGUGUGUCUAAAGUGAAAUGUCCACAAGCGCUGUGUCGGUUUUCCCAGUGUCCAAAUGCUCCAGAUGCCUUAUGCAGAAUAGAUUCUUGCGGUCAGUGCAAUGUCGAGUACUACAAUAAAACUACAUGGAAGAAAAUCACUUGCACCAAUGAUGGUAACUAAAAAUUAAUUUAUUUUUUCCAUAUAAAGGUCAUAUUAAUGCAAUCUAUUAACUGCAGUGUUUAGCUCUUAACUAACCUUUAAUUUCUAUUUUUUUGGUAUUCUAUAUUGAUUCUUCUCAAAACAAAUCUAAUUUUUCCCUUUUUAUUUUCUAACGUUUUGUAUUGGUCAAAUUAAAUCUUCUCAUUUGUGCCGAAACUUUCUUUCUUUCAAGGACAAAAUCUGUGCAAGAGAAUGCGGGAUUACGGAGUUAAAAAUCCGCUUCCAGGACGUUAUACGCCAACAUGUACAAAAGAAGGAAAAUUUGAAUCGAUACAACGCAUGGGUAGUAGAGUAUUUUGCGUUGAUAAAGAAACAGGAAUUCCUGAUUUUACCACAGAGACAGGAAUUGGACAAAUGGGGGAGUUGGAUUGUAAGAAAAAAGGUACUUAAUUGGUUAUUUCGUACACAUUUCGAACAUGUAUGCAAUAAUUUAAAAAAAAGAACCUCAUGCACGUAUUCAUAAUCUUGAAUAUAUGGUGUGAUUAAAGAAAUAUCAAGAUAUUUUAGUGCAAAAUGAACUCACUUUGCAACUAUUGCGGUUAAGGGGAAAAAUUAAGCGAUACAGCGAGAGGGAGAUGUGACUCAAAAACAUGAGAAGAAUGAUGCUGUGUAUUUCGAACAUAGAGGUUCAUUAAAACAACGCUUGAUUUAUUCCACAUCCUAUAACGUUCGCUUGUCACAGUUCUUGAAAGGGUAGGUAAAUUCUAAUGCAUGAGAAGGAUGAAAACGAGGCAGCCCUUAAGUUUCCAAGUUUUCCUGUGCGGCCUACUCAAGAAUAAAUCUUGAAACUGUCAUCUUGAAACUAAAUCUUGAAAUGCUUGUGAUGUUACUCUGAGUGUAUAUCCACACCGGGCAGGCUUGAAAAAUAUUCCUGGCCACGGUGGGAAUCGAACCUACGACCUUUGGAAUACUAGCCCAAUGCUCUGCCAACUGAGCUACGCGGUCAGAUCGGUUCGAGUAUGUGAUAUUUCGGAACUGAGUCUAGUUCCUUCAAUAUCAGUGUAAUCUAAUAAUCAUGAUAUUUGCUGUGUUGGUGCAGUAGUGUACUCAGGCGAAUAAGAUGCUUGUGAUGUUACUUUGAGUGUAUAUCCACACUGGGCAGGCUUAAAAAAUAUGCCUGGCCACGGUGGGAAUCGAACCUACGACAUGCGAGCGAAUAAACUUGUCAAGGAAACAUUGCCCGUAUUUAUUGGGCUUUAUAGUGUAAGCAACAAGAGCGCUUACUAUACAACUUCGUGCUUAGCUUUAGUAACUUGUUAGUGGCCCUAGUGUUUGGCGAUUAUAUAUGAAGGCGCAGUGUUAACUAAAAUAAAUUUCUUAUUUUUGGUGUACACUAAACUUUAGCAGAGAGGACAGGCUGUCAAUUGGCAAAAGAGGCUGCAAUGAAGCUUCCAGCCAUAGGAAGAUUUGUGCCUUCGUGUAAAGCAGAUGGAAGUUAUGAAGAGAAACAAUGCCAUGGCUCAACAGGAUUUUGUUGGUGUGUUGAUAAGAACGGCAGAGAGUGGUUUGGGUCGAGAAAGAGAGGACAAGUCGACUGUCCAAAAGAUAGUAAGUUAAUAAUGACGACGAAAUUAAAAUAAGUUUUUGUCACAACUAGCUAAGGCGAUAAAGGUAAAUGGCAUUAUAUUUGACCUAAUUACAGUAAUUGGCAUCGAACUUUAGUGACGUUACAACUGGCGUACAAAAUUACUAUGUGUUUUAUGAAUUUUGGUGAGUGAGGUUUUUAAUAAUUGUGAGCCAUCUGGUAAUAAAAAAGCGCAAAUGCUCAUAAUUAAAUGAUUGGCAAAUUAAAAAGUUUUCUUUAUCCCAUAUGUGAUGUCAUUCAUAUUGAACCACGAACCAAGAUGGCGGACUGCACGUUGUUGGUUGACCGACAUAUUUAGAAAACGAAUGAUAAUGUGGAAAGUUGUAAAGAGUCUUACAUCACAUAAAAAGUACUUUAAGACAAAUAAGACAAAUUGUUAUUGCUAUUUCCCUUUUACUGUACCUGACGUAAGACUUUGUGAAGUAGUUGCGGCCAAAAGCCCAAUGUUGUAUUCACUGUAUCCACGCCGUGGUAGAGCUAUAAGCAUAACAUAACAACCCUUCUAUAUAACACGCUUACCAAAAGUGUCGCGUCCAAGAUUAAAACUUUUCAUCUAUUACUAGUGUGUCCUGCCGGCGUGAAAAAUGUUCAAAGCUGUGAUCCGAUGAUUUGCGCAAUAGCUUCUUGUCCUGGUCAUCAGAAUGGUGAAGUUACUUGUCGAAUUAAUCCAUGUGGACAAUGCAAGGCUGAGUUUCUUGACAAGAACCAUCGAAGAGUACAUUGUAAGUUUACAACGUUAGCUCGAAUGGAAACUAAAUUGCAUGUUUAUUACUGGAGGUUUCGAACCUUUCGUCGUGUUUUGAGAAUAAUUGUACAUGCAGUGUUUAGGUGCAGGUUCACUUUAGCGGACCCUAUAUAUCAAUAAAAUAUUCACGCGAGACCAUGUGUUGUUGCUCUGUUAAAUUAUUCUUAACUGUGAACCUUAACCAAUAUGUAACCCUGACCCGACUUUUUCAAAAAAGUUUAAUUUUUUCAAUUGGAAUCCAUUGAAAUGUUGGAGGGACAUUGGCUUAAAUUCCAAUUGGAAUUCCAAAUUGAUUAGAUUUUUUCGUGUAAAUAUAAAAAGAAGUUCAUGGGGUCCACUAAAGGGACUCUGAUCGUUGCUUCUGUUGUGUUUGUGCAAUGAAUACCAGGUCAUGGAUUAACCUAAUUUCUAUAGACGCGUACGUUGCCUUUUCCAUUCGCAGUACGCAUUGUUCUACACAUAUAAAAAUCUCACAACUUGUCAACAUUAAGACCGAUGUGUUCGCAAGCUUGUCAACAAGUUGUAACAGUGUUGCCAAUUUACCUAUAGUUGUCAUACAAGGUAACAAGGAUGCUACCAGGUAUGCAAAUUAUUGAAUUGCAGGGCGAUAAAAUAACAAGUUGUUGGAACAACUUCUGACAAGUCUGCUGAAGUCAAUAACAUAGUAGAAAAUUGUCUACAAGCUGUUGACAACUUGUCAACAAGCUGGGAACAAGCGGUGCGAACACAUCCUGAUAACAAGUUGUUGAACCAGCAUUGGCAGAAGUGUGCUGCAGGUUUUGUGAAAGUUGUGUGUUCUUACGUGCGUAGAAAGUAUUAUUAUUUAUCCAUUCUACACUGACAUUUGGAAUUACACUGUAGGUCAAACAUGCGCAAACAAGCGUGCAGAACUGCUUGGAAAGACAGAUCGUCCUCUUAUUGGUCAAUUUGUGCCAGAGUGCGAAGUGGGUGGGAACUACAAGGAGGUUCAGUGCUGGGGGUCUGUGGGUUAUUGCUGGUGUGUUGAUGGAACGACUGGAGUAAAGAUUGAUGGAACGAUGACACGAGGGACGCCAAAAUGUAAAAGUUAGUAUUGCCUGUUAUUUGUUGUUUUUCAAAUCAUGACGCUAAUGCAUGUGAUAUAGUCUACUCAAAGACGUCGACUGGGAAAAACUUGAAACACAACUCAAAAUUCAUUAAGGCCCGUCUACGCGAUGAGAUUUUUGCUUAUACGAUUGUUGUAUGCAACUUGCUGACGUCAUCCCUGCGACACGAAUCGUGCCGUGUAGACAGCCCUACAACUUGAUUAUGACAGUCGUAUGCAACACAAAAAAGUCGUAAAAAUUUUAAUACUUGUUUUAAAAUCCUGCGUUUUUCAUACAUUUCAUACAUUCCAUACAUUUUUAAUGAAAAAAUAAUUCAAAAUAGCGGACAUCAACAGUGAGAUGAGAGAAAGCGAAAUUGGUACGCCUCCUGUUCAAAGUGUGACCAAGACAACGUAAACAAAAAGAUGGUUUAUGUUUUUGAGAAUGAAGAGUUUUUGAUAUAUGUAUGGAAUAUUGGAAAAGUCGCAUACAAUAAUCGUAUACCGUCUAGAUAGACGGCACAAAGUCGCAGGGAUGGCGUCAGCAAGUUGCAUACAACAAAUCGUAAGCAAAAAUCGCAUCGUGCAGAUGAGCCUUUAGGCUAUUUUGUAUUUAUGUCGAUUAAUAGUCCCUCCCCCGACUUAGCUACGUUUCAGGUUAGUUUUUACAAUUAGACAGACUCGCUGUUCCUUUCGAUUCCUUCGCACCAAUUAUUUGAAAAUAGCUUUAGUAUUUAUUGGUGCGGUGCUCUCUUUAUGUUUGAGGCAAAUUAGUUAUUUGAAUGUCUUUCGUUCAGGCUGCAGAAGCUUCUUUUCUCAGUCGGAGCCCGUUGACGUCCGGGUUGGCGUCACUGAGCUGUAUAAUAACUGGAGGACUGCUCCUAUCUCUCGUCAGUCAAAAAAGUGUCGCCAAAAACAAGGCGGAUUUUGAGUGAAAAUGACGCCAUUUCCAUGGCAACCGGUCCGAAAGCCUCAUGGUAGUUACCACUGACCAGGCUCAAUUCUGAGCCCACGGCAGCUUUCACCCCCCCCCCUGGUUUUUUGCAAAAGAUUUGGUUUUGCAGAUAAAUAUUUAUAGUUCUCGUUGUUUUAAAUCUUUUGUUUAAAUGUUGAGAUAUAUUUACUACCUUUGACCAUUUGGUUAAAGAUAUGCAAAUCGUACGUGUUAUUCUCGCCCGCGAAAGCCAAAUAAAACCUCGAGAAAUGUGGGAAAAGAGUAUUACGAUACUUGAGUCGGGUAAGAGACGUCUAGUCAAUUUUACUUAUUCUUUAUCUUUAAUAUUUGACAUGAAAUUGGUCUACCGAUGAAAUACACUUCAUUUGUUAAGAAAACAGGCUUUCAGAUUUCUACAGUCCAAAUUUCAUAUUGUAAGGUGUAAAAUUUCCCAUUAUUUUACUAAGCUGUAUUGUCAAAUAUUUAAUAGUUCUAAACAACAAAGAUUUGAUAUUCACAAAUUUGUAUGAUAUACUGUCUAAACUCACUAAAGUGCAAACUAUCUUGUGUAAUAAUGUUAAAAAAGUUGACUGCAGAGACCUGAGGUCUCGUUUUAUUACUUUUAUAAACAUACACUUGAUGAAACUAUGAUGUGUAGGGUUUGUGGUUUGUGUUUAUUUAAUAUGCACCAACUUUUGUAUAAGCUACAGGGAUACUGGAAGCUGGCUUAUCCAGGAAGGUAGUUUCUGUCUACCUAUAAAAUACUGAUUGGGGACACUUUUUGUGUCAUUAUACACCUGAUUAUAAACUCCUUAAGCACCAGUGCUCUCCCCUCAACAAGUAAAAUUGUCUGGUGUUUAUCAAUUUAUAUAAAAUAGGGCCGUGCAUUAAGGUACAAUGGGUCAUUCCAGAAAACAUCCAUACCACCCCCACAGAGGAAAUAGGAAGUUAACCCCCUACCCCCUUCAGAUGUCCUAAUACAUUUACUAUUGUCAAAAACAAUUUUUUCUCCCCUCCAGAUGGCAGAAAUUUCUUCCUUUAAAAACUUGUUUUUAAAAUGUAAAUUUAUAUUUGACUCAUAAUUUUCUCAGAAUCAAUCCAAUAUCAAUCACUACAUUAAACAUAUUUUCAGAGGUCAAGUAACUACCAAUGAUUUGAGCUCUAGGUUUGGAAAUAGAAAUCACAAAAUGUUAACAAAAAUUUUAUAUAUUUACAUAAUAUGUACUGUAAUUUAGUAUUUAUGACAAAAAUACUAAAUUACCCGACCUUUUCUUAGUUUUUGCCCGACGAGAGUACCGUUUCGAAAGAUUGGGGAGGGGGGUGAUACACCUGUAGUUACGCCCCUGACCCUAAUGUACCGCACUUUAGUGGAGAGCACUGCCACUCAGUGGGUUAAUCAGACAAUUUUCUGCAUGCUUAUGCAUGACUAUUUUACUCGUCAAGGUGAGAGUGCUCAUGGUACUCAAUGGAAUAUAAAUCAAACUAUCUGCAUACCCAAUGUGCCCAACUUUAGUUAAUCUUACUCUGUCUAACACCAGAUUACCUUACUCAAUCUGUCUAAUGCCAGACAAUUUUACUUGUGAAGGGGAGAGCACACUGGUGUUCCACGGUUUAAGGCAAAAAAGUUUAAAGAACUACGAUUUCCAACAACAUAAAGUGCAUGGUCAUAUGGUGGCAACCUAAAUCCCCUCACAAUAAGUGGCCACCACUGUUAUGUAUAUAUUAAUCCUGAUUCACACCAUAUAUAAUCUGUACGACCGUAUGAGCAAGUGAACAACCACAAUUAUUAUAAAUUUAUAUUAAAAACUGGCAAUAAAAAACACAAAACAACAUAAUUUCAUGUCCACAAUUUUCAACGAUUAUAAACAGGAUUUAUGUUUCCGUACCCCGGUUCCAGAGGCUCUUUAAUGUGUCUGCUAUUGAAAUAUUAAUUUUGCUGUAUAUAUAUAUAGUAGCAUGCAUGAGUUUUUGACUUAUAUAGUUAUAUAUUUAUAGUCAUUUGACUCAUUUCGAGAGUCAUUUAAUUUAUAUCUAGCAAGGUUCUACAAAUUAAAAAUAGUUUCAUGAAUCUUACCUGAAAGAAUAGUUAAUCUUUCUUGAUAGUGAAUUGUUGCAUGAACAAACGAAACAAAACGGCACUUUUCCUCCACAUCGUAAAACAAGUAAAGUGCGAGGGAAAGAUUUUCUAGCUCAAAAACAACCGAAACUUUUAGUAAAGUCUAAAUUCUGAAAUAUUUGUGUAAAAACAGGAGGGUGCUGGACUUUGUUUAAUGCUUCGGAUCGCGGUUGGUCAGUGGCAAUUACCAUGGAGACUUCGGACCAGUUGCCAUGGAAAUGGCGUAAGCGCCGCCAUGUUUUUGGCGACACUCUUUCAUGCCGAGUAGGUCCUCCAGUAAUAUAGUAUAGCUCAGUGGUUGGCAUCCGUGUUGUCAAAAAAAUGUCAUUUCAAUUGCACAAUGAAUAAAUUGUGAAGGGAGAUGAGAACAACAUGUGCUUCGUGAACAGAUAUGAGUCUUGCAAGGACAGUCAGCAGAGUCGCCUUUGAUAAGCCUCGAUUCGAUUGUGCAAAUUGAGCUGUGCCCUUCGUGAUUUAGUUGACCUCAGUAUAAUAUCAAUUAGCAUUCCUCACCCACCGCCAACUUAUAGCUCCAACUAAGCCCGCCAAGGAAAUUGAAACAUUCCAUCUUGAUUUGAGGAGUACAUAUACAGCUGAUUAUGAUUGCUUUUCGAAGAUUAAUACAAUCCCGCCAAGAAAGAUUCCAUGGUGUUACAGGAAUUUGUUAAAUUUAAAUUGAGUUAUUCACUUUUAGAAACUACUCCUCUUUUGCUUGGCUUCAAACGUCCAGGUAUGGAUUAAUGUUGUUUUCCGCCUUUAAGAUAACACAUUUUUAUUCAUAAAUUAGAAUGGUUUGGUAAACUGGCCGAUAACCGCGAGUAUUGAAUAAUCUAUCGCGAGUCUAUUGGUAGAUUAACAGUUAUAUAUCUACCUAAACUCAUAAUAUUGGUAAUAAAUUUCUGAUACAAAUGUCGUACAUUAAUAAUAUCGUACAUUACAGCCAAUUGCAGUUGAGCUUGCAGCUUGCAUUUUAAGGUGGCUCCCUACAGUUUUCUAAAAUUUUAAGUAUUUUAGGUAACCUUCGUUUUCAACCAAAUUUAUAUUGAACACACUUAAGACAGGGCAAUAUAAUCAUUUCCAGGAAAGUUCAGAAGUCUUCUGCUGUCGAUAUAUGGACAAAUAGGAACAGUGUUAGUGUUGCCAUGGCAACCAUGACAUUUCAUCUUUUGCAAUUUUAUUGUCUAAUUUUACAAUUAAACGGCAAUAUCUUUUUUUUCCUUCGGUCAAUUUUUCUGAAUUUUUUUUUUAAGAUUUAUGGUUGAAAGAGGAAUGACAUAUUAAAAUUUGAAGGGAUGUUUAUAAGGCAGGUUUUGAAAUAUUCAUGAAUAACGACUACAAAAAAUCUGAAUUGUCAUGCUUAGCAAACGUGCAAAGUUUAAAAAAUUUUCACCGAAGGAAACGCGAGAAAAAUAGUCCUAAAUCCAGUUGAAGCUGUUGACGUGACAAAAUAUCGAUUCGACAUGUUGCGUGUAAAUCAAGGCAAUGCGUGAGGAACACGAAACGUGUACGGUUUAUAGUCGGCUUUUUUAGCAAUUUUCACUUUGAGUUUUUGGUCUAUAUAUAUCACACAGAUAUUUUUUACUUAUUUGAAAUGAAAAUAAAAGAUAUAUAUGUUCAAAAUACGAAAAAUUGAGAACACAAUAACGCACUGACAGUGACUUAAUCCAACGUUUCUUAAAUUUAGCUUUGUUGUGAAAAUCGGUGUGAAAACUUUUCAAAACAUUCAAGUAGAGUUUGACUUUUCGUAUAAAACAACUCGUAACUGUCUGCAUUAUAGUUUUAUUGGAUUCAGCAGAUAAAAAAGUACAUGUGAACUGAAUUGGAUGACAAGAUUUACGUAAGUUUUAGUGACAGUUCAGAAGCGUCUUGAAGACAGUAUAAAAUAUAUUUUCAGUCCGUGACACUGUUGUUGAACAUUGUGAGCAUUAUGAAAUACAGUUCCGAACGUAUUAAAUAUAUAAAAAAAACACACUGAAGGUAGGUAAAAAACUAGCUAACAAUAUACGUACUGUUCGAAUGUUGAAAAGUUUAGGAUUAUAGUAAAAAACUGGCGUUUUCUUUGUAGAUAAAAAUACAAAAACAACUUCCCGCGGCUUUUUUCAAGAUUUUUACCGGGCCACGAAGAUUCCACGCGCGAGUCGCGAGGAUGACGUCUGAGCUAUAUAAAUGUUUUAAACUGGACUAUAACUGUAGGGAGCCACCUUAAACGCGUUGUUAUAUCGUUGAAAAGUAUGCGUUCAUUCCUUAGAAACACGCCGUUGCUAGGGGCGUAACGUGAACUUUUGGCGGGCAUUGUUGAACUUCUUAUAACGAGUUAAAUAUAUUGUAAAAACGCCGCUUAAGCCUGCGACGGAACAGUAAGGUAUUUUUAGAGUGCCUGCAGUCAAAUUAGAACUCCCUGGUCGGUUUUGUGACAAAAUCUAAUUUAAAGUGACAAAAUCUAAUUUAAUUCGUCAACGCCAAGAAUAGAAAAACAUGUUUACGUCGUUACAACGCGCGCCAAAAGUUCACGUUACGCCCCUAGCAACGGCGUGUUUCCAAGGAAUGAACGCAUACUUUUCAACGAUGCAACAACGCGUUUAAAAUGCAAGCUGCAAGCUCAACUGCAAUUGGCUGUAAUAAGUGACAAUCUUAGACGGAUUUUCUGGGGGUGCAGGGGAUGUUAUUUAAAUGCUGGCUGGAUUAAAUUACAUUAGUAAUUAAGAUUAAAAACAGGGAUUUUAAACAAAAUAAGACCAUAAGUCUCAAGAUUUUCUGGGGGCUUCCCCCCUCACUUCCAAACAUCCCCCAAUAGCGACUGUGCACCCAGCCUCCUGCUGCAGCUUGGCCUCCCCUCAGAAUUUUCAGCACCGCCCUUGUGACAAUAGUAAACACAUUUGUGAAAAAACCUCCAUAAAUAACGAAUCUUCUUAAGAAGAGAUAUCGAACCGCCAUUUCACUUUGGUGUAAUUGGUGCAUCAGUUUCAAAUAAAAUUAUUUCGUUACUCCAUUUAUUCAUCUUUAGAUUCUGAUGUACCGGAACCAAGGCGGCCAGGUAGGAAACAUCGAUAACACACAGAUGUUCUGUGUAGAGUGAAUAUACGCGGAAAAACAUGGCGCCACAUUUGCAUUUCGAGCAAAGAGCAUGAGCUCGAUCUUUGAAUUUGUAGGCUAAGUGUAAUGUUAAAUACGUCCGAAUUUGUUAAUACAAUGAAUUCGCGACGCAUGUUGCCCAAAUCCUAGUCUAAACUUUACGACCUUUACUACCUUUUUUCCAGCCCGCGGCACGACCUUCCUCCCUUCUAAGGCCAUUAGUUACCUUUAUACCCAAAAUUAGUUUUGUCUAAUGUUUCUGGUUUUGUGCGGAGUCGCUAAUUUAUUGUCAGUAUAAAGGACUCGCGAAUUUAUUGUAUAAGUAAAUUCAGUCGUGUUUAACAUUUUACUCUUAUAGUAAACUCAAAGGUGGAACUCAUGUUGCUGCAAAUCGACAAGUUUCAUAUAUUCUGCAUGUGAUAUUAUUAUAUUAAAAAGUUUUCACAAAGUUUUUGUGUCUUAAAUAUACCUAGAAAUUAGCAAAAAUAGCGAAUUCAAAGUUUUCUAACCAAAAUGGUGAUAUGCAAUAUAAAAUUGUGCAGAAGCAAAUCAAUGGACACCAACGUGAAUGUGAAACAUACGCAAAACAUACACGAAAUAGAUAAUUCAAUUACAACAAUUGCACAACAAUUUAAUACGUUGCCACGUUAUCAAUUGUCAGAUGUCAAAACGUAAAAGUCAAUGACUUUUGUUUUGGUGCUUGCUAUGUAUUUCUCUUUUUUGGCACUGUAUCUCUUUUUUAAACACUGUAUUUAGAUAAAAUUUCAUUUAGAAUCGAGUAAUUUUCAUGUAUAUUAUUAAUUUGGUUUUAUGUUUUACAGUUUGUCCCAAUGGAUUUCCAAUGAUGAUGUGUCUCCGUCCUUUUUGUCAAUGGAGUAAAGGUUGCGCCGUGAAUGCUGAGGCAAAAUGUCGUGUCAAUCCAUGUAAAAUGUGCGCAGUGGAGUAUUUUGAUGAGAACAACAAAUUGAUUGAUUGUAACCAAGGUAUAUUUUAAUACACAUGCGCAAUGCUUCUUGGUUUUCAGACAGUGGCUAAUUAAUUUCACUUGGAGACUUCUUUCAGAAAUAUAAUAUAACGAGGCAGAUUGUUGGCAGUUAGCUCUGUGGGAGGACCUCGUACGUGCACCUCAAACAUUGCAAUACACCCUUUCGAUAAUUACGUUAUUUGACCUGGGCGCCUCGCUUUCAUGGAUCGUGAGCUAAUCACCUCGCGUAAUUCACUAAUGAGAGCGAGGCUCCAAGACCAAAAAGUAUCUGUGAUUAUCGAAAGGGUGUAUUCAAGGGUAAUUAUUUACAGUAUAGUUAACACGAAUAUAAUCGAUUAAUUAAUAAUCAAUAUUUAUCAUAUAUUUUUCAUAUACAGACAUGUCUGAAUGUGAACUGAAACGCGCAGACGCUUUCAGUAGUAAGUACAUCGGUUUACAGCCGGUCGGAAGAUUUACGCCUCAAUGUGAAAAGGACGGGAAUUAUUCCCGUAUACAAUGUUGGGCAUCGACAGGAUAUUGUUGGUGCGUGGAUCAAAAAACUGGAGUGGAACAAGAGUGGACUCACGUGAGGGGAAAACCCAACUGCGCAAUUAAAACUCGUGAAAAACUCUUUGGUAUGUAAUAUAUAUAUAUAUAUGUAAAAUUUACGAUACUUGCAAGUAACUUGUGCUUUGCAGGCAGAUCUUUGGCUAAAUGCGACAUUUUGUGAACGGUUUGUUCCGUCUGUACAAUGUAAUUACAAUUGUACUUUACUACACGCUGUUGUUUGUUGGACUUGAAGUGUUAUACUAGGACAGAGCUACAUUAAGUUUUGCUGUUGCUUUUAUAUAAUUAUACUAGUUUGAAUUAAGCUGUUUGGUUUAAGGUAUGCUUAGGAUUUUUGCAAGAGUAUAAUAUUAUCUUGCAUGCUGCAUAUACACUAUUUGUUGUUAUUUGAAAGUGCCACCAACCCCAGAAUUGAAUUUUGGUAUAGGUGUAAUACUUGGGUUAUUCUGAGAAGAACUGUUAUAUCUACCUUUAGUUAUAAUAGCGAAAAAAACAUUUUUGUAGGAAUAAAAGGAAAAUUAAUUUGCAAUUAAGCUAAUGGCAUCAUACCAGGAUAACUUUGACAGUGAAAAAGUUGAUCAAGAUGAGGAUGAUUUCGAUUGCUUUCGGGAAAAUAACUUGCUGCGCCGAGUCUAAUCCGCAUAUAAAAUCCGGUAUAAUUCUAUUGUCGAUUAAAACGUCGAACUUAACUAAAUUUAUGGAUAUAUCAGAUAAAAUGUUUGCGAUAGUGCUUUUCAGGAAUCAUGGUAAUAUCGGUGUUUAAAUCGACGUCGCACAGUGUCGAACUAAUCAUGUGCAUUAAGGAGUUCUGCCAUUGUCAAAUUUACUUGAGACUUGAUACCGCCUUUUAUACCUUUUAGUAAACAAUACCCAGGUCAAACCAGGACGGUGUCCGACAGUAAAGCCAUCUGAUACUUGUCCUUUGAAGUGUGACAAUGAUAGAGAUUGCUCAGGCAAAUCAAAAUGUUGUGAGGUUGGCUGUGGCAAAACAUGCCAUAAACCGGCUGACGAACAACUGGGUAUGUGGUCGAAUUUUUGCAUAUCAGCCGUGUUGACACUAAAGAGUUCCAUUUGCCAUAUCUAACUAAGAGUACUUAACUGACGCUUGAUAUGGCCUGAUGUAAUCUAUUUCGAUGUCAUAAAACUUUAAUGACAAAAAAUGACCAAAAUAUAUAAUCUGAUGAUUUAAACUGCUUGUUUUCAGUUGUUGGCAAGUCUUCUGAAACAAACUGUUUUCGUCUAAAACAAAGUUGACGAGCCAAUAAACUCGCAACAAAUUAAUCCAACAAGUCUGAUAUCGUCUGCAAGUCUUGUAAUGACGACAACUUGUUUUACCGUCAUCAGCCUUGUAACAAUUAAAGUGAUAUAGCAAGUAACUUGUUUUAGAUGCAUGUGCCUGGGUAGAUGGCGACUUAAAAGAGAUUCAACUACCUGAAAAUUACAAGCAGAAUUUCGACUUUUCGAGCAAAGGCCAUGACCGGAUUUUGAAGGGGGUGUGGGGAGGUGCGCACCUCCCCUGAGAUUGUUUUGCACCUCCCCUGAGAAUUUUUGCACCUCCUCUAAAAAGUCAUGCACCUCCUCUUGGGAAAUUUUCCCAUAUCAAAUAUAAUGAUAUAUCAAAGUUUUUGAUUGCUUAGGGUCUAUACAUCGUAAGAAAGUUUUUCUGUAAAAUUGAAAGAGUUAUAGCAGCCACUCAUCUCUGUGUCAAGUAUACCCUUUUGCAAUGUUUAAAAACUUUUUAUAAUAUAGCAUUUGUAAAUUCUGAACGGUGAUUGAGAGCAGUGUUGAUAUAACUCAAUGUCAACACGGAAACAUCGGAAAAUUUAUUUCUUUAUAUUUCUUUGUGCUAUAUUAUAAAACAAAUAUAAAACAUUUUUUCCGUGUUGUUAUAUACAGUUUUAUAAUAUAGCAUUUGUAAAUUCUGAACGCUGAUUGGCUAAGAGCCGUGUUGAUAUAACUCAAUGUCAACACGGGAAAUUUUCCGCUGCUUGUAAACAUGGAAAUGUUUCUUAUCCUUCGGGCUUUUGACAUUGCUAUAUUAUAAAAAAAAUAUAAAACAUUUUUUCCGUAUUGAUAUAUAGUUAUAUCAACACUCGUGGAAGUUGGGAAAACUCGAAAUUGUAUGAAAACACUCCGCCCUUCGGGCGUCGUGUUUCCACACAAUUUCUCGUUUUCCCAAUUCCACUCGUGUUGAUAUAACUGUAUAUCAACACAGAAAAUGUUUUAUAUUUGUUAAGUCGUAAUUGUACUGAAGAGUGAAAUUGGAUGACUUGUACAGUCCUAAUUCGUACACUGAUGCAUAUGUACACUACAUGCAUAUACGUCAUGUCGUUCACUUUGGCCCGUUCUAAGCCCUAGAUUUCCAUGAUGGUCGUGAGCUACACUGCUGCACCUCCCCUAAAGUUAUCCCAACUUCCCCACUAUUUCCACCAAAAUCCGGUCUUGGCAAAGGCCCCUAGGUUGUUAUAUCUCUCUCAAUCCGCCGCUGUAUUGUUUCAGACUUGACUAAAAAACUGAGAACAAGCAUUGCGAACACAUCCUGACACCGCCUUGACAAUAUCCUUGUUAUAACUUGUUUGCAGAUCUGCAACAUCCUGCGCGUUUUUACGUGUGUACUUACCAUGUCCGCAUUUUUUUUAAUAUUGCCAGCAUGUCCAAAUGGGAGGCCGUUCCUCCUCUGUCUUCAUCAUUGUCAACUGGCCAGUUGUCCCGCACAUCCAGAUGCUGAAUGUAAUGUUGAUCCAUGUCGUAUGUGUAAAAUUGAAUUUAAAGAUUCCGACGGAAAUGUUGUCAACUGUUCUGAAAGUAAGUAUACAGAUGUACUGAUGCAACGACAUGGUCAUUGCAUGUAGGCUUUUACAAGGGUCCUGGAGCUACUUUUUUAAAGCACGAUUAGCGAUAACUUUGGGUUAAAAUUUAGCUCGGUGUUUUGCAAUUGGCUUGCGCAUUUCUGCAUGUCGGCUUUUUUUGAAACGUUGGAAAAUAAAACUUUUAUUCUUCCAGACAAAAUUUCUGCCAAAAGUUUCUAACUUUGCUUUAAAGUAACGUUAAUCUAGGAUUAAGCUAGCCUGUUUUCGAACAGUGCUUUAUACAAAAUACAGCCACUUCACUUAUAACCGGUGCUUGUAUUGUCCGAUAAGAUCUUCGUUCAACGAAUGUCGCAAAACAAAAUGCCCACACUAUGCGCAGCACAAGUACAAAUAUUUCAUCCAAUCUAUCAAGUUUUGUAAUUCUGUAUAAAUAUACUGUAUUUGAAAACAUGCAAGAAAAGUUCCAAUGAAAGCGAGUAUGUACAUUAAUUGGUUACAAUGCUUUCCAUAUUGCCAAAAAAAAUAUUUUCUACAUAUUAAUCCACAGUCUGAAAACAGGAUUAUUCUCGCAAAACAUCUUGCUCCCAGAUCGCUUCAAUAACAUUAGAACUUCUUUACCUAUAGAAUUAACGGCAUGCGAGCUUCAAAAGGCGCAGUCACCGGCAUUGUUAGGAAGCUAUACACCUCAAUGCGAGAAGGACGGUAGCUACUCUCCAAUGCAAUGUCAUAGCUCUACAGGCUACUGUUGGUGUGUGGAUCAAAAUGGCCAAGAAAAAGACAAUACCAGAAAACGAGGAGCGGUGAAUUGCACGGAGAUUACGACGAAAAAAGGUAUAAGAGUAAAUACUCUAUUUCAGUGCUUAUGAAACAAAAUUUUUGCCUUAUUUUUCAUUGCUGUAUUAAAAGGUACUGCUCAAAUGAUGAAGAAUGACUUUUGCAGUUUAUUCGUAUCUCAUCUCAUUCCCAAGUUAUCGCACUUUGUAUAUUUUGAGUUGUGACGUCACAAGAAUGACUUGAGAUAAUGGCAAUAACAAGAAAGUAUGAUAUAUUGGUGACAAUUUAAUAAAAUUCAAUGAAACUUGGCACACUUAGUGGGUGUAACAAAGUCAACAAUUUGGCUUGUAUGUAUGGUUGUCAUGGCAACACACUCGUCCCCAGUCCCUUCUCUUCCAAUUUCUAAGUGACCCAUUUCCAACGAAAUAAAUUGCAAUUUCUGCAAUUUCGCUCAUUAAUAUAAUACAUGUAGGUAUUGUGAUCAGUUUAAAUCGUUAUAACAUGCAAACAUCCUCUGCCAGAGGUAUACAGGAGGACAUUUGUGAAAAGGAAGAGAAGAGACUGGGGACUAGUCUGUUGCCAUGGCAACCACAUGACCUUCCAAAAAUAUUUACAUGGGUGCACCCACUAAGUGUACUAAUUUUCAUUGAAUUUUAUUAAAUGGUCACCAAGAUAUCAUACUUUCUUGUUAUUGCCAUUAUCUCAAGUCCUUCUUGUGACGUCAUGUACAAAUCAAAAUAUAAAAAGUGCAAUAAAGAUUUAAAAUUUGUUCGUUCACUGCAACCAGGUAUAUCAAUCAUGUUUCGCUCGCUACUCUGGUUUAAAUAAAUUAUUACAAAGCCCAGUCGAAUUGUAAUCAAGUCGACACUCCAGUCUAGUGUCUUCAUCAGGGGUGAUCUAAAGAUGCAAUCGUGGCUUCUUAAAUACCCAAGGGAUGACGUCACCUGCCAAUGAGAUGCAUGAAUUCCUCUGGCAAAUAGGCACCGUCAUCCCUAUUCAAAGCAUGAUUACUCAUAUUUAUAUGCCACGCUUCUUGGCAAAGUCUUUGAGCAUAGCGAUUGUUUGUGGUAAUUACUUUAGAGUUUUCCCACGCAAUCUCAUGUUUGGUGUAACACACAUGUUCUGCUAAAGCCGAUUUUCCCUUGUCUAAAUUUGAAACAGCCUUUUGAUGUUCUUUUAGCCGUGUACGAAACUGGUGUUUAGACUAACCCAAAUACUCUUUCUCGCAGUCACCGCAUAGUAUAGAUGAGUUUUCUGAUUUGUUAAAACAGGAUCUUUUGGCUUUGCGAAAAUAUGGCCAAAAGUCAAAUAGGGUUUUAAGGCAACCUUAACAUUACAAUUACUGUACUUAAUAUUGUCUUGAUUGGUUCUGUGACACCUUGAAUGUAUGGAACUAUUGCAUAACCCAUAACCCAUAACCCGAGGUAUCAUCCUCGGAGUUAUUUUGAUUCUUACAAACAGGUGAUCUCAGGCAAUCAUUAAGAAAAUGUUUUGGGUAAUUGUUUUCCCCUAAAACAUUUAGAACAUAUUCACGUUCAUUAGCUUGAGAAUCACUUUUUGACGGCAAGGAUUCAGCUCUUUGAAGCAAAGUUUUUGCUACGAAUCUUUUAUGGCUUACUUGGUGAUGAGAGUUGUAUAACAAAUAUUUGUCUGUGUGUGUGGGUUUGCGAUAAGCAUCAGUCUCUAAUUUCCCUUCGACAGUUCUGUGCAGAACAUGUGUGUUACACCAAACAUGAGAUUGCGUGGGAAAACUCUAAAGUAAUUACCACAAACAAUCGCUAUGGUCAAAGACUUUGCCUAGAAGCGUGGCAUAUAAAUAUGAGUAAUCAUGCUUUGAAUAGGGAUGACGGUGCCUUUUUGCCAGAGGAAUACAUGCAUCUCAUUGGCAGGUGACGUCAUCCCUUGGGUAUUUAAGAAGCCACGAUUGCAUCUUUAGAUCACCACUGAUGAAGACACUAGACUGGAGUGUUGAAAUGUUGGGUCUUGAUUACAAUUCAACUGGGCUUUGUAAUCAUUUAUUUAAACCAGAGAAGCGAGCGAAACAUGAAAGUGCGAUAACUUGAGAAUGAGAUGAGAUACGAAUAAACUGUAAACGUCAUUCUUCAUCAUUUGAGCAGUACCUUUUAAUAAAACAUUAAAAAAUGAGGCAAAAAUUCCGUUUCAUAAGCACUUUAAUCUUAGCCUGCGCAGCUUGUUGUUUUUAAGGAAUGAGUAGUUGAGUCGCUGAUAUAGUACGCGCAAAUUAUGCUGUUUUGCGCAACGGCAACAUUUUAAAACCCGAUCUUUAACUCAUAAAUAUGUCAUAUUUAAUGCAAUUGUUGAGUUAUGAAAAUGGAUAAUAAAUUAAAGUUAUUUGGAAAAGGCUCUUUAUUUAAACCACUAUAUAUAGAAAUUAAAUUGUGUAUCAGAAAUAUACCUUAAUGCAUGCAAAACCCUUCGCCUUCACCUGGAAUAAACUACAAAAUCAAAAGGUCUAAACUCUAUACUUCAUAUAAGCCUGCCUGUUAUCCAACCAAAAUUCAUUAUGAGUACAAAAUGAUAGGCAGACACGAAAUAAGGGCCUAUAUAGUUGCAUUUUUCGCUACCAUUCCUGUUUAGAUCUAAUAAAUGUAUGACAUUUACAUUCGAAAUUUCCAUCAACAAAAUUCUUCAAACAAUUGGUUAUAUUCGAGCGAGAUGCCUAAAAUGCUGAUAUUAUACCUACAUGAAAUAAAUUCCAAUUAAUAAUUACCUCUCCAAGAGUGUCACUGAGUCGCGGGCGACGUAUAUAGAUCCCAUUUUGGUUAUUUGCAGUACUUACGAAAUGUGAACAGAUGAGAUUGAAAGCAAGAACGCCACUUCUUUUGGGUGCCAAAACACCGCAAUGUGAAGCUGAUGGUAGUUUUAAACAAGUGCAGUCAUGGGAAGGCUACCAGUGGUGCGUGGACGACAACGGUAUCGAACUUCUGGGAACAAGAGUCGGCCGUGGAAAGCCCUCACCUGAUUGUAGUAAAGGUUUGUCGAAUUUUAUCACAGAUCCUCCUGUACCUCUAGAGUUUAAUUUGCUAUACAAUCUAACCCCGCUAACUCGAACUCCCAAGGGAAGCGGAAAACGAGUUAGCGUGGCCGGUGUUGGAUUAUUCAUCACAAUUGUGAGCCAUCAUGGUGCACCUUACAAAUAACUUACAAAGUUUGUACUAUACUGUUAAGUUAAACAUUACCUAGCACAGUGUUUAACAGUACAGUGCGUCUUCAAUUUUAGUCCACAUGCACCGUAAUUUAUACUCAACUGUAAUUUUCCGAAUUGAUUUCUCGCCAAUUCCGAGACCUGAUGUCGUAUCUUUACCCGAACUGAAACACAAAAAUUAACUACAGUAGAGCUAACUCAAAUUCGCUUAACUUGAACUCCACGCUAACUGGAGAAAAUUUCAUUUUACUUUGCUCAUAUUUACCCGGUAACUCGAACUGCAUUUUUGAGACGUGAACCGGAAAAAUAUACAAAAGUGGUACAAGUCGACAAUGGGAUAAAUGGUCCAACCAGAGAUGUUGCGUCGAUCAUCAUUGAUCUAAAGCUUGUAGGUCUUAGCUAAGAGAUUUAACAUUUUGGGCUAGUUAACGUCUGUUUCUCCAAUGAUCUUUUUAGUAGUUAGCAUUUAUGCAUCGUUCUAUGUGUUGAAACCAAAUAUGAUCAUUUCUACACUGCAACAUUGCAUUGUACAGUUAUUUCAACCUCGUGCCCAGGCUAUUUUCUCUCACACUCUGGUGCCACAGACCCUGGGUACGAGGAUGGAGUUAUUUUGGCGAUAUGUGUUACAUAAAGGACAUUUUAACACUAAUAUUGUCAUUAUAUACUUAAACCUAUUUACAUUAUAGGUACCCUGUAAAUGGAGCAAUAAGUUCUGUGUGGGUCAGCUGUCAUUACGGCUACGUUUUUGUAAAUAAGAAUACCUAAGCAUAAAUACACCAUUUAUUAAGUGGCAACACUCUGUUUUAGAAAGCCAAGCGGCUUUAUUUAAAUAAUCAAGCCCCAUCCGUUUUAUUUUCCCGAGAUUUUCCAUUUUUGCCCGUCGAAACACCAGCUACUAUACUAGCUAAGGCAUAGGGUGAGCACAGACCUCCAUUUUGCCUUCUUAAAUUUACCGGUGAGAUGUUUAACCCUAGGCCAUACCACCCGCAAAUGUUAAGGUUCUAAACAAUGGUUCUGUGCUCAUACAGGCCAGCUAAGAAGAUCCUGCAAUUGAGAUAAUCCGCUGUAUAUGCAUGCGUGCAUCGUUCGCGUGGACUAAUAAAGAUUCCUAUUUCUUGUAGCGUGCAACCCAGUAAUGUGUAUGAUAUAUUGCCAGCAUGGCUUCGUAAAAGAUUCUCGUGGCUGUAAGGUCUGCAAAUGUAACAGUGCUCCAUCAAAACAUGGUUUAUGUCCAAAAUCACCUUCCACUGAUCUCGGUUGUACUAAAGACCUGGAGUGUCCUGGAACAAUGAAGUGUUGCGAGAGAAAAUGCAGUCUACCCGACAUUUAUGGUAAAAUAUUAUUUUUUACUAACUGCUUGGUAAAGUACGGUUUAUUGGUCUAAUUGUUAAACGUACUAAGAUUUUGUACGUUUAAUAACAGAAAAUUUUGAGCGAACGACAGAAGAUUUUGAGCUUUAUUAGCGCAACGUUUGCAUGCGCACGGGGUUAGUAAUGACUAAGUUGAUUGCCCGAAUGAAACACUGCGUAGUAUUCGUCGUUGUAUCAGGGAAUGUUACAAAUAUAACUCAAAAAAUAGAAAAAGUCUUAUUAAAAGUACCACCAGAAUAUUAAACUGUAUCUAAAACAAAACAUAGAAAUAAUCAAAUAAACUCAAACUAUUAAAGAGCAAUUGCAUCCUGUGGUUUUCAGCAUAACCGUAGUAUACUGCGGAAGUGCGUCGAUGAAUCUUCAAAUGACUUCAGGUAGAUUAUCGAUUAAAAUCUUAAAUAUGCACAUUGGUGUGCCAUUGAUAGGAUACAGUGGUGUCGAUAACUGAAUAAUAUUUUAAAACCAAGCAACCUUGGAGAAUGAGCUGUGUAUUUUCAUGUUUCAUCAACUCUGAGGUUUUCACUAAAUAAAAGUGUCAUUAAUGUACAAAACUGACUGAAAUUCGAGGUCGCCGAAGCAAACGUGUUACGUACUUUCCAGGGCUUUGCGGCAGACUGUUUUACUUCGCCAGGUGAUCAAUAUAUGAGAUCCUGUAUGCGAACAAAGAGGACCGGAGUGUUGAACUCUUUAGAAAAUUAAGUGGAUCCCAUUUUACGAUGAAACCGAAAUUGUGAAAUGUUCAGUAAUUUAUAAUUCUAGAGCUACAAGACAUGAACAUAUUAAUGUAGUCUGCCCGAGAUAUAAACGUGAGAACGAAGGUGGAAGAUCUUAUCUCAAACUCAUUAAUAAUUCAUGAGUAAAGUAGCUAAUAAUCAUAUUGCUUUAUUUUGCUCACAUGAUAAUACUGGAUACCGGCCUGGUGAAAUAUACUGAUCCAGUCCUAGGACUGGAUCAAAAUUAAUUCAGUCCUUGUACUGGAUCAAAAUUAUUCACCUCACUUUAAGUAGUGAUUUAUUCGUAUGAUAUGUCAUUUCAAAUCCUCCAAUUCGACCUGGACUAGUAUUCAAGUCCUUGUAUUUUGAUCCAGUCUUCGACUUCACCUCGGACUUGAUCAAAUUCCGACUUGAAAUCUAGUCUAGUCCUCAUAGUCUGAUUUGAAAUAUUACUUACAGUAGCAUGCAUUAAAACUUGGAAUAGAUUGCCAUUAAUUAAGAAAACAGUUAUACAUAUAUGCAUAUAUAGAUACAAUUGUGUAGACCACCUCUCUAGUACAUAUUAACCUUAUAUUAGUUAACUCCAAUGGAUGGAAAUUUCAACUGGGUAUUCAAACAAUUAUUUUUAUUCAAAAUGUAGGUAAAUGGGACUUUGAUAUUUUUAAUAUUAUAUUGCAUGUAGCAUAGUGUAGUUUGUGGGCCAGUAGUUUAUCAGUCUCUUAGGACUGUUACCUGUCACGCUCUAUGAAUAAAGGCACUAUUAUUAUUAUCGGGUCCAUGUAUUUAUAUCUUAUUUUUGUAUCUUAGUGAAGCCAGGUUAUUGUCCUCCUAUCAAUACAUCACAUGCUGGUGAUUGUACAAGCGAGUGCGCUCACGAUGUCGAGUGCAGUGGGGAUAUGAAAUGUUGCGCAAGCGGUUGUAGUCGCAAGUGCGUGGGUCCUGGCAAAGAAGG